AAAAGGGAGAUUAGUUAGAUGAAAACUAAGAAGAAGCCAACUCAUGGAAGUAGAAAUACCUUUUAGUAAAUCAUUAAUCAAUCAAAAUCCUCAUAGACUGUACGAUACUAACUUUCUGGGUAAAAAUCUCAACCCUUCAUCAUUCUGAUCCAACGUUCACAAUUUGCCUUUCCCGUCAAUAUUCCAUCUUCCCAACUCGCAUCUUUUAGCCUCCUUUCGCGAAUCUUUUUCUUUUUUUAUUUUUUAUUUUCCCUUCAUUAACAUUAUAUAAAAAAAAAAAUACCCCAAGAGAAACCCAAAAAAUACUCCAAAAGACUGUGGUUUAAUUGAUAUCUUUGAAACCCCAGAUCUGAUUUCUUAUAAAAGGUUAGUUUCUAUAUCACUUUCAUGUCCAUUUUCCAUUUUUUUCUGUAUUUUUUUGUUUCAUAUCUUAUGGUACAAUAUGAGUAAUUUUGCUGUUGAAAAUCCUUUUUGAUUUACUUUUUGAGGAAUGGGUAUUAAAGGGGUUUGUGACAGUUACUCAACAUUUUUCCAAAAGGUGACUCAGUUGAACAGUCAUACAUUUUUGGUAUAUUCAGUGUAAAAUGGAAGAUGGAUUGUCAAGCUUUUGGGGUCCUGUCACAUCCACUGACUGGUGUGAGAAAAACUAUGUUUACUCAUCUUACAUUGCCGAGUUUUUCAACACAAUAUCCAAUGUCCCAGGCAUUCUUUUGGCACUCAUCGGCCUUGUAAAUGCCUUGAGACAACGGUUUGAGAAGAGAUUUAGUGUCCUUCAUAUAUCUAACAUGAUACUUGCCAUUGGGAGCAUGAUAUACCACUCCACAUUACAGCAUGUGCAACAGCAAGGUGAUGAAACACCAAUGGUGUGGGAAAUGCUUCUGUACUUUUACAUCCUCUAUUCACCCGAUUGGCAUUAUCGCAGUACAAUGCCUACUUUCUUGUUCUUUUACGGAGCUUUGUAUGCAGUGGUCCAUGCUCUCUUCCGCUUUGGAUUUGGCUUCAAGGUCCAUUACGUCAUUCUCUGCCUUCUCUGCAUCCCUCGUAUGUACAAAUACUACAUCUACACUAAAGAUGUCUCCGCAAAGCGACUUGCAAAGCUAUAUGUAGCAACCUUGCUUCUGGGGAGCAUGUGUUGGCUAUCUGACAGAGUCUUCUGCAAAGAGAUAUCUCAUUGGCACUUCAACCCUCAGGGUCAUGCUCUAUGGCACAUCCUCAUGGGCUUCAACUCAUAUUUCGCCAACACGUUCCUGAUGUUUUGUCGUGCUCAGCAACGAGAAUGGAAUCCGAAAGUUGUCUACUUCUUGGGUGUUUUCCCUUAUGUCAAGAUUCAAAAACCAAAGAGCCAGUGAAAGCAUUUGGUGCAUAUUCAGGUGAGGAAUUCUCUCUUCGACCAUGUUAAACUCCCUCAAAGUCUGAUUUUGGAACUAGCUGUUGUUUUUGGAAGGUCACAGGCAUAGGAUUCACAAUUCUUUUUCUACUUUUGUGUCUUUAACAAGGGAAAAAUUAUAUAUAUUUGAUGUAAAUGAUAAUUUAAUGUUGAUAUUGUUGGCGGGGCUUUCCUUUUUUUUUUUUUUUUGACUGUAACACUAGUCUUUUUGCUUAGCAAUGGAGAAUGAGAAGUCGUUUGGUCCCAUAUUUUAACA